AGGAAAGGAGACGAGGUUGAGGAGGUGGGAGACGAGGAGGAGCGGAGCUGAGUGGGUUGUGAGACGAGGUGGGAGACGAGGAGGAGAGGCGAUGUCGGGCCCAGCGGAAGCGGCUGCUGCUGGAGCAGCUGCAGCAGCAACGGAUGAGGAGGUGGAGGCGGCGAGACGAGGUGGAGGAGGGGGUGGAGGAGGAGGUGAAGAGGGAGCGGAGGGGGGCGGAGGAGCGGACCCCACUUUCGAGUGCAACAUUUGCCUGGACGUGGCCAGGGAUGCGGUCAUCAGCCUCUGCGGACACCUGUUCUGCUGGCCCUGCCUCCAUCAGUGGCUGGAGACGCGCCCCAGCAGGCAAAUGUGCCCAGUGUGCAAGGCUGGCAUCAGUCGAGACAAAGUGAUCCCUCUCUACGGACGUGGGAGCGCCAAUCAGCAGGACCCCAGAGAGAAAACUCCGCCCAGACCCCAGGGGCAGCGCCCAGAACCAGAAGCACGAGGGGGGUUCCAGGGGUUCGGAUUUGGGGACGGAGGGCUUCAGAUGUCGUUUGGCAUCGGCGCUUUCCCCUUCGGCUUCAUCGCCACGGCCUUCAACAUCAACGACGGACGGCCGCCCCCAGCUGUCCCGGGAACCCCGCAGCACACCGAAGAGCAGUUCCUGUCCCGAAUCUUCCUCUACGUCGCCCUGCUCAUCAUGUUCUGGCUCUUUAUCGCCUAGGUGGAGCGGCCCCUCUGCUCCUCUCCCCACAAAACCUCCACGAAGUCUUCUUCAUCAUCGUCGCCAUCGUCAUCUUCCUGUGGCUCCUCACUGUGUGAGGCGCGGCCACACCCCACCACUCGCUCACCCAC